AUGUCCACCAAGGUGCCCAUCUAUCUGAAGCGCGGCAGCCGCAAAGGCAAGGAGAAGCUCCGAGAUCUGCUGUCCUCGGACAUGAUCAGCCCCCCGCUGGGGGACUUCCGCCACACCAUCCACAUCGGCAGCGGAGGGGACAUGUUUGGGGACAUCUCCUUCCUGCAAGGCAAGUUCCACCUCCUGCCAGGGACGGCGGUCGAGGGGCCAGAGGACGGCGCCCUGGACAUCCCGUUCGAGUUCACUCGCACCUCCACCAUGUGCAGCCGAGAGCUCCCCGACGGGCUGUCCCCGCUGCUCAAGAACGCCAUCUCCCUACCAGUCAUCGGGGGACCCCAGGCCCUCACCCUGCCCCCACCACAGGCCCCGCCUAAGCCCCCUCGGCUGCACCUGGAGAGCCCACAGCCCUCCCUGCAGGAGGUGGAGGUGGGGGACCUGGACAUCUGGAGGACUGUGGGCGCUGACCCCACCCACAAUGGGCUGAGCCCCCAGUCGGAGGCCGAGGAGCCCUUCCUGUCCCACGCCAGCUCUCUGCUAUCCCUGCACGUGGACCUGGGGCCCUCCAUCCUGGACGACGUCCUCCAGAUCAUGGACCAGGACCUGGACCGCGUGCAGAUCCCCGCAUAG